AUGGCCAACACCACAGGGCUGAACACCUCAGAAGUCGCGGGCUCGGUGGGGUUGAUCCUGGCGGCCAUCGUGGAGGCAGCAGCACUGCUGGGCAACGGCGCGCUGCUGGUCGUGGUGCUGCGCACGCCGGGACUGCGCGACGCGCUCUACCUGGUGCACCUGUGCGUCGUGGACCUGCUGGCGGCCGCCUCCAUCAUGCCGCUGGGCCUGCUGGCCGCGCCGCCGCCGGGCCUGGGCCGCGUGCGCCUGGGCCCCGCACCGUGCCACGCGGCGCGCUUCCUCUCGGCGGCGCUGCUGCCCGCCUGCACGCUCGGGGUGGCCGCGCUCGGCCUGGCGCGCUACCGCCUCAUAGUGCACCCGCUGCGGCCCGGCGCGCGGCCUCCGCCGGGCCUGGUGCUCACGGCCGUGUGGGCCGCCGCGGGGCUGCUGGGCGCGCUCUCCCUGCUGGGGCCGCCGCCCGCGCCGCCCCCUGCCCCGGCGCGCUGCUCCGUCCUGGCCGGCGGCCUCGGGCCCUUCCGGCCGCUCUGGGCGCUGCUGGCCUUCGCGCUGCCCGCCCUCCUGCUGCUCGGCGCCUACAGUGGCAUCUUCCUCGUGGCGCGCCGCGCGGCCCUCCGGCCCCCACGGCCCGCGCGCGGCUCCCGGCCGCGCUCCGACUCUCUGGACAGCCGCCUCUCCAUCUUGCCGCCCCUCCGGCCUCGCCUGCCUGGGGGCAAAGCAGCCCUGGCCCCAGCGCUGGCCGUCGGCCAGUUUGCUGCCUGCUGGCUGCCUUACGGUUGUGCGUGCCUGGCGCCCGCUGCGCAGGCUGCAGUGGCCGAGGCGCCGGUCACCUGGGUGGCCUACUCGGCCUUCGCGGCUCACCCCUUCCUGUAUGGCCUGCUGCAGCGCCCCGUGCGCAGGGCACUGGGUCGCCUCGCCCGCCAGGCGCUGCCCCGGCCCCCGAGGGCCUGGCACCUGCCAGCACUUCUGCAGCACCUCCAGGGCCGUUCAGAGAGCCCUGCCCUAGGCCCUUCUGAGGCACCAGAACAAGCCCCAGAUUUGCCAAGAAGGCAGAGCCUGAGUAUGCCAGGGGCCACCUGA